AUGUAUAGACAGUUUUGGCUACAUCCAAGUGAUCGCAAUUUUCAACUAAUUUUGUGGCGUAAAUCGCAUAAAUCGCAAAAUAUUUCAGUUUAUCAACUGAAUACUGUUACAUAUGGUACGAGUUCUGCGCCAUUUCUUGCAACCCGGUGCUUACACUACAUUGCAGAUAACUAUCCUUACAGUAAAGAAACAGGUAAAAUGAUAUUAAAAAGGGAUUUUUAUGUCGAUGACAUGAUCUCAGGAGCAGAUGACUUGGAGACAUUGCAAGCCAUCAAAAAUGAAACUACCGAAAUAUUGGAUUUUUACAACUUAUCGCUAACAAAGUGGAAUAGCAACAAUGUUAACAUCACUGCACCAAAUGUUAAACUUACAGAUAUUGAGACUGCAAGAGAUAUGGCAUGCCCACUUGGAAUGUUAUGGAAUACGAAAGAAGACUAUUUUUGCUUCACUUUUCAAACAACCAAUGUACCAGCAAGUCAUAUUAAACGAAACAUUUUGUCAUUAGCAUCAUCUUUAUAUGAUCCUUUGAAUCUAAUUAGUCCACUUAUCAUCAAAGCUAAGAUUUUGUUACAGCAACUAUGGAUAAUUGGAUGUGAUUGGGAUGAAUCCGUACCUCAAGAAAUUUACACAACAUGGAACAGAAUUCUUACUGAUUUGCAUCAAGUGAUUACUUUACAUUGGAUUAGUUCUCAUUCCUCAACACUAGCGACCUUUGUUGGUAAUCGAGUUGCUGACGUUCAAGAAUGGUCGGUAAAUGCAUUUUGGCGCCAUGUACCAACCGAUCAGAAUCCAGCUGAUCUCGUUUCUAGAGGGUGUACCGUCCCAGAAUUACUGUCAUCAAAUUGGUUCAAAGGACCUUCAUUUUUAAUGUUGCCGUUGCCAAACUGGCCAGAACAUUCAAUAAAUCAACUAACAGUUGACGAACGCAAGUUAGAAACUCGCAAACUAGUGUGCAUUUUGGAAGAUGUCAAGCCUCCGUAUUUGCUACAGAGACUUCAUCAGAUAAGCAAUUAUAACAAAUGUCUACGUGUGGUUGCGCUGAUGCUAAGAUGGCACCACAAGCACGAGGCACAAAUUCAAUCAUUAUUCGUGGUAGAUGAAAUACAACGCGCUCUGUUGCAUAUUGUAUAUUUUGUUCAACAACACUAUUUUCACAAGGAUAUAGUACUUUUACACAACUCAAAGCAACUACGGAGUAAAUUAGCCUUAUUGGCUCCAUUCCUAGAAACAUCUGGCAGCCUUACUUUAAUGAGGGUAGGUGGUCGUUUGAAGAAUGCCAACAUCUCAACUUCUACGAAAUGGCCACUUCUAUUACCAAAAGAGGACCAAUUUGUUAAGCUGAUGGUCAUGCAUAUACAUAGAAUUAAUUAUCACGCUGAUCCACGUGCGCUUGUUGCUCUCAUACAACAACAAUUUUGGAUUAUAAAUUGCCGGUCAUUGACUCGAACAGUGGUAAACCAGUGCACACACUGCUUCCGUUACAAACCUAGAUUAUCAACGCAAAUAAUGGGCAAUCUAUCGGCAGAUCGGGUAACAGCAAAUAGACCAUUUACAAUUACAGGAAUCGAUUUUGCCGGACCGAUCCCAACUUAUCUUAAGAUCCGGGGAAAGGUCCCAUAUACUGUGCUUAUUGAAGCAGUUUCCGGCCUAUCGAGUGAUGCUUUCAUUGCUGCUUUAAAAUGUUUCAUCAGUCGACGUGGCAUACCAACAAAAAUCUAUUGUGAUAAUGCCACUAACUUUGUAGGCGCUGAGAAAAAGUUGAAAGAGUUUCAGCAUGAUUUUUAUCAUGCUAAUUACAUAUCAAAUAUUAAUAAUUUUUGCAUAUCUAAUGCCAUUCAAUUUUGCUUCAUUCCUCCUAGAGCUCCGCAUUUUGGGGGACUGUGGGAGGCGGCAGUUAAAAUAGCCAAAUCACAUCUGUUCCGGACGUUGCAUGGAGCAAAAAUGACGUUUGAGGAGUUGACAACUGCAUUAGCGGAGAUAGAAGCAGUCAUGAAUUCACGUCCUCUCAGUGCGACAUCUACUGAUCCCAAUGAUUUGGAAGUCCUUACUCCUGAUCAUUUUCUCAUUGGAUGUCCGCUCAGAAGCUUGCCUGGGCGUGCUCAAUUAGAAAAUGACAUAUCAAAUAUUCAAAGAUGGCAUCGGAUAAUGGCAGCAAAAGCAGCAUUUUGGAAACGAUGGCAACAUGAGUAUAUAAAGGAAUUACAACAGCGAUACCGGUGGAAAAAGCCAAACGAUAACGUUCAAAUAGGCGACUUAGUAUUGAUUGCUGAAGAUAAUUUACCGCCGAUGCAUUGGUUAACAGGCCGAGUAGUAAAGGUUAAUUCCGAGUCUGACGGACACGUACGUGCGGCAGAUGUUCAGACUCAGCAUGCAGUGUUUCGGCGGUCAAUUACGAAGCUAGCUGUAUUACCUAUUAAUUGA